CGUUGGUGUCAGAUUUUGUGUUUGGAUUUUUUUUAUUUUUUAUAGGAAGAAUUUUAUUUUGUAACAUCAUGAUUUAUGGUAGGUGUGCAGCUUGUAAGAGUCAAAGAAGAAGAUGCCCUUCUGAUUGCAUUUUCUCUCCUUAUUUCCCUGCCAAUGAUCCUCAAAGAUUUGCAUAUGUUCACAGAAUCUAUGGUGGUAGCAAUGUUGGAAAAAUGCUGCAGCAACUCCCUCACUAUGUAAGAGAACAAGCUGCAAAUACAUUGUAUUUAGAAGCACAAUGUAGAAUUCAAGAUCCUGUUUAUGGAUGUGUUGGAAUUAUCUCUAAAUUGUAUCAACAAAUCCAUGAUACAGAAGUUGAGCUGGCCAAAAUUCAAACUCAAAUUGCUUGUCAUAAGAACAAAAAUUCACGAGUUGAAGUUCAAUCAAAUUUCAAUAUUUUGUCAACUAUUGAUGCUGAAUCAAACUUGAACUUCUUGCCACCUCAGGGUAACAACAUGGAGUUUCAAUGGCCUAGUCAAAGUUUUAAUUGGUUCAAUUAAGACUUGUUUUUUCAAUAGAUACAAGGCAAUAUAGCUUGAUCUUAUUAUUCUAUUUUGUUAUUCAAAAUUUAA